AUGACCUGGGCAAUUGAACUAGCAGGAUCCCUAUUCACUGGUUGGAUCUCGUCCUGCUUGUUCUGCCCUAUCUUGAGUGAUGAUGAGAGCUCCCAUCAUCGGCAGUCGAUGGAGCAGAAGGGUGCCGAACGAGAAAUGAAAAUAUGUCACACGCAACCUUACCUCGUUCCUCCGAUGACACUUCCUGUUCCCGACAACCAGCCUAGCUCGUCUGUUCCUUCGAGGAUCGUCAAUGGCCGCACUCGAGUAUCACGAGCAUCUAGCCGGGCUAGCAUGUCGUUCAGGAGGAAGUCGAUGACCGCUGCAACGUUGAGAAUCAGCGCCCCGUCCGAAUUCAGACGAGUUCCCACGUUGUCCAUACCGGUGGAGGCAGAACCAUUUCGUCCGCUGGAGUUGUCCUUCACUCAUUUGCCAGAACUCCCCAAUUUUGAGGAAUUUAGCCUUGACAACGACGAUAUCCAUCCUCCAGUGCCUCUGGCCCGACCCCCAAAGGCUUCGCUCUCGCGUCACUCACGCACGCGAUCUCAUCGCACUUCGUCUUCCUUCCAUCUGCCACGCAAGCCCGUGAGGUCUGGAUCCUUUCGCUCCUCGCUGGCGACACUAGAGCAGCCCUUUGAGAAGCCCCCUCCCAUUCCCUCGAAUCCUCUUGUACCACACUUUUCGUCCCCUUCUGCAGUCGUUAGCCUGAAUACGAGAGUUUCUGCUCCCACACAACAGCCAGACUCGGCGCCCCCUUUGAAGAGCGAGCCCAUCAAGGACCCCAAGAACGAACUCCCCGCUCUCUCUAGGGCUUUCACCUUGCAGGACAGGCCAUUACCUCCAAUUCCCAUCGAGGAUGACUCCUCAGACCUAUCUUCAGCGCGCAGAGAACCCCGUACCCCGGUGACACCACCUGGGAAUGCCCACACCAACAUCAGCAAUAACACCCCGCCUCGCUCCGGCCGUGUGGCCCAAUGGCUGCUUCAAACCAGUAACAAGGGCUUAUUCUUUCCUUCGGGCUCAAUCACAAAUCCCUGGAAACCCUCUGAAAAGAACCCCUUCCGAUUGCGCUCCCGCACUCUCAGCGGCUCGACGCUUGCAUCGUCCAUCACCAGCCUGACCAGUAGCCUAGGGUUCAAGACCACCCCCUCCGAACCCGUUAACACGACGACCAUUUUACACCCGUCCAACAUAGACGGCCGCAUGGAGAAAGAAUUAGAAUUCCCUCUGUCCAAGCCGUCGAUGGAUAAUCCGUACCCAACCAUCCAUGAGAGCCAGCACCAGGAGAGCGACAAUUUCUCGUUUAAUUAUUACGAAAAUUAUCGUCACUCGGCUGUGGGGUUGGCUUUUUAG